UAAACGAUCAUAUGAAUUUGAAUCGGGACGGCGUAAAGGUGGCGUCGCAACAUCCGCUCGGUGUUUCUAGCUCAUACAUGUAAACACCAUUUUGCCACUAUAAAGAGGACGGACGUGCAUGGUGAAAAGUCAACGGAGGAGCAGCCAUGGAUAAAGGUAGGUUUUCUCCUGUUCCAAGAAUUCCAACUUUAGGCGCCAUUCCAUACGUAAGUUGCUUUUUCUGCUGUGGCUUAUGCCAAAAGUCAAAAUGCCAUUCAUUCGAAUUUCUUUCGAAAGAAAUGAGCCAUACGCGACAGACAAGAAAGCGGACCAAAUGAUGCCCAUUUGUAUCAAUUCAGUCAACUCCCAAAAAAUGCACUAGCUCGAAAUUAUAGCCUAGCCUAACCUCAUCCAGGUACUGCGAUCUCGCUAUGAAAGGUGGCGAGCGUUUGAGUACGCCGCUCACGCAAAUGUCAACGGCGCCACACCAAAAGAAGCGUUUGUCUCUCGCAGUUGUUCUUUUCCUGUCGCUGGCGGCGACGCUGUCCGCCGUGCGUUCUCAGCCCGUCCCGGACAGCCAGCGAGUGUUCGCCAUCGCCGUGAGUCGAGUGCAGCACCUCCACCUGCUGGCCCAGAGACUCUUUUCGGAUUUUGAGGCUUCUCUGCAGAUGGAGGAUCAGCGUCAGCUCAACAAAAUCUUCCUUCAAGAUUUCUGCAAUUCCGAUUACAUCGUCAGUCCCCUGGACAAGCACGAAACGCAACGGAGCUCGGUUGUAAAGCUGUUGUCGAUUUCGUACCGGUUGGUGGAAUCCUGGGAAUUCCCCAGCCGUUCUCUCUCUGGGAGCGGAGCCCCUCGAAAUCAGGUUUCCUCCAAACUGGCCGAACUCAAGAUGGGAAUUCUACUGCUGAUCAGGGCCAAUCAGGACGAAGCAGAUAUGUCGAUCGAUAGCUCUGCCCUCCAACUGGCGCCGUACGGGAACUACUAUCAAAGCGCCACGGACGAAGAGUCCUUGAGACGAAUGUACGAACUGCUGGCGUGCUUCAAGAAGGACAUGCACAAGGUGGAGACUUACUUGACGGUCGCCAAGUGUCGGCUAUCGCCCGAGGCCAACUGCACCCUGUAGAGCGGCGGCGGGUGGGCC